AUGCCAGCGGCUCUCAUGCUCCGUGCCUGCACAAGGCUCGAGUCCUCUGUGACGGCACAGACAUGGACACGAAGGACUGCAACUCUCGCUUUACGACAGAACACAACGAGGAACCGCUCAAUACUGAAUCGACCAUACCAUAGUGAAGCACGCUCAACAUAUGCGGAAGAAGGUACUCAAAUAUUAUCACAACUACGGCUUCGUAAAACAACUACGAAUUCACCCGAUACCAGUACAGCCGAAGAUACGCAGGGCUCUCGAGCGAGUUCUGGUUCGCAAUGGAGGAGUAACCAAGAUCAGCGCAGCUUUCGGGAACAUAAAGAUAGACGAAUAUCAAAGACAAGAAGCAAAGGCCCCUCAAAGACAUUGCCGGACGCACAUUUUUAUCAGCAAAGACCGACUCGGGACCCGGAAUCUAUUCGAAAAGCUGCCGAAUAUCGUCAAAAGGCAAAAGAAAGAGAAAAGAGGCAAAGGGAAAAGUACGAUCAAUGGGGCUAUCUGCGCCACCAAUACUCAGGCGAUGAGUUGGUUACUGUGAAAAAGCAAUUCAACUCCUGGCAUGCAAACUUGGAUGCAAUUACAGCCCAAACUAAACCGAAAUCAUUUUCCUGGCGAGACGAUGGGCAGUUCCUGUUCGAACUGGAAAAUGUCUCGGAGAUGGAGAAGACCUGGAACGAACUGGACGUUGAAGUACGAAAGGAAAAAUGGCCAGGCGUUAUGCUAUCAACCCUCUAUGCACGUCCAGAAAAGGCCAUCCAAGUCCUCGAGGCUACCUUAGAUCCUCUUCCGCCCGGUUACGCGAUGGCCGGUGUAGCUGAGUUUUGUAUCUCGACCUUGAAUCUCAAGGACACCAAAGUCAUGCAUGACCGUGUCACGAAGGCCGAUGAGGUGCUCGAACUCUUCGCCAAGAUGAUAGCGGACGUACCCUCUGGUCAUGUUCCUCUACGUCAGAGCACCUUAGGUCUCGUUGCUACAAAGUUGCCAGUCGAGCAAACAGCAGAGGUUUUCCAGAUUCUGCAACGAUCGGAAAUCAAGCUACAUCGAAAUACACUCCUGAAGUUCGCCUGUAAACUUGGACGUAGCCAUACGCACAAAGAACAGGCUUUCCAGAUUCUGCGCAGUAUUGCGGAAGAAAAUCACGACCUGAACUCACCAUCCAUUGCGAGUGUUAUCACUACGCUAUUACAUACUAAACCAAGACCACAACACACAUGGUCCGAGUCGGAGGAUUCCUUUUCACCUCAGCGUGCCAUGGAAUAUUUUCUAGAACGCGGCUUUUCUCCGAACCUGGUCAGCUUCACGGCUUUGAUCGAGUCUCUAUGUUUGCAAGGUGACAUCGAUGAAGCUGUUCGGCUUCCGCUAUUGCUGGCGGAGAACGGCGCUCAGCUUGACCGUCGGUGCUACACCACUGUAUUCAAGGGUGCCAAAAACAGCCUCAAAGCGUUCAACAUACAGCGUGCCCUCGAUGUUGCUCGAGCAGCAAAGGUACCACUUGUUGAUGUACUCAACAAUACGCUCCAUUCUAUCUUUUACUUUGCGGAGAUGGAAAGCCGCGAUAAAAGAUAUCCAGCACCGUAUGUGGUACCCUUGUUUGGGCCUAUGCUUCGUGUCUACGCCAAAAGAUUUGAUCUGGAGCCUUUACAGUGGCUGUUGCCCGACACUUUGCCCUUGCUUCUCAGUCAAGACAACAUGGACGGCACUGAAAAGUUCAGGUGGGGUCCGCAAAGACAUUGGAACUUCAAGAGCACCAUCGUUCCUGUCGUGAAUGAGUUCUUUGAUAGCAAUGAUGGCCCCUUACGGAAACCAAAUACGCAGACGCUGGCAAUUAUGAUGCGAGGAUACAUCAAGACAAUCCACCGGCCUUACGACUUGAUGUCUUUCUAUACCUGGUUCAAAUCCCGUCUAGAAGAGCGUGGUACUGAGCUGAACUUAGCCCAACAGCUAGUCAAGGAACAGGGAAGCAUCAUCCAUGACACACUGAUUCUGGUCAUGCUGGAGCGAAAGGUCCUCCUUCGUCCAGCACUACAAGUCUUUGGCGAUAUGCUUCGCGACUCAUUAAUCGCCAAGCCUUCAGAGGAAGGCAAGCAAGGAAUUUUGAGCGAAAACUUUCCUGUUCACCCAGCACCAAAUUUGUUCACUUUCAGUAUUCUCCUUCAUGGGCUUCUCAUGCGAAGAGAGACAAUGUUGGCAGAGCAAGUCCGACAAGCGUUGCGUGAAAACAAUUUGGAACCCAAUGCCAUUACUUGGAACACGCUUGUCAAAGGCUACGCUGCGAUGCAGGACCUGUCUCGAACGGUUGACGCACUACAAGACCUUGAGGCUGCUGGAUACAAACCAGAUAUGCAUACAUUUAAAGCCUUUGCCAAGUUAAAAGAUCAAACUCGGGCACUGGAAAUGAUGGAAAAGAUUAUUGAUGAGAACAGGAAGAGGCUGGAAGAGCACCAGUUACAAUAA